GCUACCGUUGAUCCACCUGCUACCGCAGACGCUGUCGCUUCGUUCCUCUAUCGUCGGGUUUAUUGCUUUUCUUAUCCCAUUUGCUCCCCCUUAGCUCGCUUACCGCAACGAGAUUCUUGCGCAGUGCGUUGGUGAUUAGCGAGGACAUCGCCGAGAGGGAACCGCACCUUUACGCACGAGCUCUCCUUCACCUGGGCUUCCCGUACGCUAGAUAUCUCAAUCGAGGGCAGCGACACAUACAGGAAAAUUCGAUAGACGACGAGACAUGACGGGCAUCACAUCGCGGUGAGGUAAAAGUGGCGAGGGUCGCCUCGAAGCCCUCAACUUCGCAAAAUCAUGAUGAAGAGUUACGGGAGUAUCGUCCAGAGGGCGACACCGAGUUUCGAUCUUAUCGCUAUGCUGAAACUCGUCCUCGUACUCGCUCUGGCAUCGAUGGCGCAAGGCAUUGAUCUCUCACAAUGCAUCGCGCCCCUGGGCAUGGAGACCGGGGCGAUAGCCGACGCUGACAUAACGGUCAGCUCGAGCUUCGACAACGGCAAUGUUGGACCUCAUCAGGCACGGCUCAGGUCGGAGAAUCAGGGCGGCGCCUGGUGUCCGAAAGAACAAGUGACUGCGGAUCCACGCGAGUGGCUGGAAAUCGAUCUUCACAUGGUCUACUUGAUCACUGCGACUGGUACUCAAGGACGCUUUGGCAAUGGGGUGGGCGUUGAGUACGCCGAGGCCUAUAUGCUCGAGUACUGGCGGCCGCGACUCGGCAAAUGGAUUCGAUACAGAGACAUCAAAGGCCAAGAUGUAAUCAAGGCCAACGACAAUACCUACUUGGAGGCAAAACACGAGCUCGAUCCUCCCAUAUGGGCAAGCAAGAUUCGUUUUUUGCCUUACGACUCUCACAUGCGCACAGUGUGCAUGCGUGUCGAAUUGUACGGCUGCUACUGGAGCGAUGGCGUCGUCUCGUACUCGAUGCCCCAGGGUGACAAGCGCGGCAGCGACUGGGAGUUUUUCGACUCGGCUUACGACGGCCCCUGGGACGGCGAGCUUCGCCGGGGCCUGGGCCAGUUGACCGAUGGGAAGACGGGCCCGGACAAUUUCAAGCCCGGUUUGCACGCUCACGAGCGUCGCAAGGGUUGGGUCGGAUGGCGGAACGACACGAGGAACGGCCAGCCCAUUGAGAUCAAGUUCGAGUUCGAUCGUAUCAGAGAGUUCUCCGCUGUCCACGUCUUCUCCAAUAAUCAGUUGAGCAAGGAUGUCAAGGUGUUUUCCCAACUCGAGAUUCUUUUCAGUAUUGGUGGAAAAUAUUAUACCGGCGAGCCAAUUACAUACAAUUCCAUAGAAGAUAAUAUUUUUGAAGUUUCUCAGAAUAUCACAGUAAAACUUCAUAACCGCGUGGGGAAGUUCGUUAAAGUGAGGCUACAUUUCUCUGCCAAAUGGAUUAUGAUCAGCGAAAUUACUUUCGUCUCUGUGGUGGCGCAUGGGAAUUUCAGCGCCGAGGAGCUGACGUCGACGGAGACGCCGGCCCUCAGCGAUGUUUUCGUGGAGAAGAAGGGCACGGUACGGGGCAUCGGCGAGCCGCCGGUCUCCCAAGCGAAGCACGACGACCCGACCUACAUGGCCGUGGUGAUCGGCGUGCUAACGGCGGUUAUCCUCCUCCUCGCUGUCGCCAUCUUCCUAAUCGUCACUCGACACCGUCAGCGCAAGUGCUUCGCCAGCCCGGUGAACGGGAAGCCGCCGUCGCACCUCGGCUCGACCUGCGCCACCGUGGAGAAGGGCGCCGCUCUCAUGGCCUACACCCUCGAGGACGACGAGAGGUACGCGGGUGGCUCGUUGCCGACGCUACCACGGGACCUCGGCAAUCGGCUCCUCGAUAUCGUCAAGCUGGACGAUUAUCAGGAGCCUUACCAGGCGCUCAAGUACGCGCCCUACUACAGCUACAGCACCGUUGUCAUGGAGAUGAAAGACAUGAUGCUGAACAACAAAUCGUCAAGCAUCAAUCAUUCGGCGCUGUACGCGAACGGCACAGUCGACACGUCUUACGAUUACGCGGUGCCGGAGAUCGGGACCCAGCAGCCGCUAUUGAACGGCGCCUGCAUGAACCUCGGCAAUGGGGGAGCGACGAGUAGCACAGGCAGUGACCAGGAUAGCGUAUUUUCUAAGGUAUCCUCGCGAAGCAACCGCACCGAUGACAAGAAGUCGCCGACGCAACAGGAAGUGCUUUCGGCUCUGAAGAAGCGCUUGGAGCAGACCAGCGUGCCCCUCUUCCCUCGUCAUCGUCUUCGUAUGCUCUCGAAACUAGCAGAGGGCGCCUUCGGAUCGGUCUACAUCGCGGAAGCGGAAGGAAUUCCAGAGUAUGGCACGACUACAACCCUUGGCAAAAGGCUCGUGGCAGUGAAGUUUUUAUUGCCGGAAGCGAACGAGAAGGAAAAGCUUCAUUUCCAACGAGACGUGAGAAUCUUGGCUGCGCUCGAGGAUCGCAAUAUCGCUCGGGUACUAGGAGCCUGCUGUCGCGAGGAGCCAUACUGCGUCGUAAUGGAGUACUUGGAUCACGGUGAUCUCUGUCAAUUCCUCAAGAGUCACGUCACUGCCGAGGACGCCCACUCGAUGCCUAUCGGCGUCAAAACAUUGAGCUUCAACUGCCUCAUUUACAUGGCUGCACAAAUUGCAUCGGGGAUGAGGUACUUAGAGAACCUUAACUUUGUACAUCGGGAUCUGGCUACGAGAAAUUGUCUCGUUGGAAAGGCUUAUCACGUGAAAAUUUCUGACUUUGGUACUGACAACGAAUUAUAUGCUUGUGAUUACUACAAAGUAGAUGGCGGCAUACCAUUACCAAUAAGAUGGAUGGCCUGGGAAUCUUUAGUUCUGGGAAAAUACACGACCAAGAGCGACAUCUGGUCAUUUGCUGUGACACUGUGGGAAAUUUUGAAUUUGGGAAGGCGAAUACCAUACGAGCAUUUGAGUGAUCUCGAGGUCGUACGAUAUUUACGUCGUUUUUGUCACGACUGUGCUGCUAACGACGAUGCAUCGCAAAUUAAAAGCAGCGAAGAAGAAGACGGGGAUGACGAUGAAAGCAGAAAGAUGGGCGUUGCAAUCGAGCAGCUGCCAAAGCCAAGCGCCUCCUCCAAGGACAUCUACGACUUGAUGCUCGAGUGCUGGCGCAGGGACGAAUCCGAGCGGCCGACCUUCCGUGAGAUCUCACUCUUUCUCCAGCGCAAAAAUCUCGGCUACGCGCCAACAUCCUGAUACUGAGAUAAGGAGUUCAGCGUAUCCGCUGAUCACCAAGUCACGGCUAAUUACACCGUCGAGAUCGACGCGGCAACUUCUUGAUCCGAGAUGCAAUUUUCUGAGUACGACUUCUUCAUUCGUCGAACGAAAAUUUAAAAAGACGAUGCGCUUGGAAUUUACAUUGAUAUAUUUUUUAACAUACUGAUUUAGUUAGGACGUGUACAUAAGAAUUAUGUUUAAUUGUACUUUUUUAAUUAAAUGUCGCCAUUGAUUCGACGAGUGCGGAUAUU